AUGUCAGCUAAAACAUUAGGUCCCACCAAGUUACUUAAGAACAUAUUCGCCAAACAAAAUGAAUUAGUCAAAUCAUCAAACACCAUACUCAACUUUAAGACGCUGCCAGAAACAACAAUAGGCAAUAUACUCACGAGGUCUGAUAAAGAGAUUGGCGGAUACAGCUCAUCAAACUUUGAUUACGAUCCUGUUGAGAAAUGUGGACACUUUCAUGGCAACUUGUCAUUAGACUUGCCUAAGGACAACCCCCAAGUGACAAGGUCAGGCUAUGCCAUGUUUAGGACCAGAGAUCAACCACUGAGCAUCGUAUGGGGUGACAAGUACUGGGAUUGGACACCAUACAAUUGCCUUGCAGCCAGAGUUAAAGGCGACAGAAGGAAAUACAUUGUCAAUAUACAAGCAAAUACGCCAUUGGUUACCGAUUUGUUUCAACAUCGGUUGUUUCUCCAAAACCCAGGACAUUGGGAAACAGUGGUGAUUCCACUUAAUGACUUUGUCAUGACCAAUUGGGGUGUCAUUCAAGAUGGAUCGGAACUCAACAAGUCAGAAGUCAAGUCAGUAGGCAUUGGAUUGCUUGACAAACAAUAUGGCCCUUUCUCAUUAAAGAUUGAUUGGAUCAAAGUCAUUAGUGGUGUUGAAGUGGCUGAGAUUGCUAAGGGUGAGAAUUUGACAAUUUUGAAUGAUGAUGCAACCGAAGAAACGCCACUUUACGGACAUGACACUUUUAAUAAGGAGAAUCACUGA